UGAUUCCUCUUUGCUCGUGGUUGUCGCUGCCGUUGUGAUCUUUGCGGUCGCCAUAGCUAAAAAGAACCAAUGGCACAGAAGGAUUCUUCAGCUCAUGGUUUAGAGAAUGUGAAAACGGUGGAGGAAGUCCAAGCUAUGAUUCAAAAGAGUUUCCGACUUCCAAUGGUGAAAUUCUUGAGGCAACGCCUGGCAAAAGCUGGGUGUCCUGUGAGUGACAAUUUUUUCAAGGCUUCUGAGUGCAAAGGGGCGCAUGGCACUGGUGGUUUUGUACCUGGUUCUGGAAUAUUUGUAUGUAGCAACUAUAUGCGAAUUCAAGAUGAGGUCGACCAGGUGGUAAUUCAUGAACUAAUUAAUGCAUUUGAUGACUGUCGUGCUGUCAAUAUAGAUUGGAGUGAUUGUGCUCACCAAGCUUGUAGUGAGAUUCGAGCUGGUCAUCUAUCUGGUGAUUGCCAUUUCAAGCGGGAACUACUUCGUGGUCAUAUGAAAUUGAGAGGGCAUGAACCGGAAUGUAUCAAAAGAAGAGUUUUGAAAUCUCUCUCUUCAAACCCUAAUUGUGCUGGUUCAGCUGCCCAAGAUUCUAUGGAAGCUGUAUGGGAUAUUUGUUACAAUGAUACAAAGCCAUUUGACAGAGCUCCUUGAGAAAUUGCAUGGAUUGCAAGUUUCAACAGUCAAUGCUAAACAAUUUUUGGUGGCAACUCCCUACAAUCAUAAUGGACAAACGGUUAGAAAUGAAUUUGAAUCCUCUAAAUUUUGAAUUUUCACUUUCGAUAGUAAAAUAUGAUCUUUCACUCUUAAAUGAUUUCUCUUUCAUAUUUUUCUCUUGGUCUUGCUUAUGAAAUAAAUUGUGAGAGAUUACAUUUUACUCUUUAUAGUGAAAUUCAAAUUUUAAAAAAUUCAAGUCCGUUAAGAAAUAUACCUUUUUUUUUUAAUUUUUAUUUGAGUUUGUUUGUCUGUGGAGUUCUCUUGGGAGUACUGUCCAAAUAGUCUAAUAACUUUCUUUACAUCCUUAAGCAUCGUUUGAAUUUCCUCAAACUCUGUUAAACUUCUACUUGUUCUUGUUUCUUGUUGUGCGUAAUCACUAAAAGAAAUGGCUUCAUUUGCUCU